AUGUCUGUUACUUUACAUACAGACUUGGGUGAUCUCAAGAUUGAAGUUUUUUGUGAAGCAGUUCCUAAAACGGCCGAGAAUUUUUUAGCACUUUGCGCAAGUGGAUACUAUGAUAAUAAUUUAGUUCAUAGAAACAUAAAAGGGUUUAUGGUGCAGACCGGUGACCCGACGGGCACGGGCAAAGGCGGAAAUUCAAUUUGGGGAAGAAAAUUUGCGGAUGAAAUUAAAUCAUCAUUAAAACAUAACGCGCGAGGAAUUGUUUCCAUGGCUAACAGUGGCCCGGAUACUAACGGAUCUCAAUUUUUUAUUACAUACACAAAAUUGCCACAUCUUGAUACAAAAGUAAUCGAUGGUUGCGACACAACAUUGGAUGCUAUCGAAAAAGUUCCCGUCGAUGAAAAAAAUCGACCUACUCAAGAAAUACGAAUUAAAUCUAUUACAAUUCAUGCAAAUCCUUUGGCUGAACGUGAUUAA